AUGAAGUCCAUUAUAAAUACAAUAUUAUUUGAUGUGUCUAAAAAUGAGAUGUUUAAAAUUAACGAGAACUUUAAAAUGCUGCAUCGAAAGUUGAAGACAACAUGGAAGGUGAUGAUAAACCGUGAAGAACUUUCGCCUUCAAUACUCCAAGACGUCAAAAUACUUGUCGUACCAGGACCUCAGAACGUCUUCAAUGAUGAUGAGUUAGCAGCGCUUAAAAGUAUCGUGGAGAGGGGGGAUUCUGUGCUAGUCCUCAUGACUGAUGGAGGAGAAGAAAGAAUGAAUACUAAUAUCAAUUUCUUUCUAGAGGAAUAUGGAAUCGUUGUGAAUAAUGAUUGUGUGGUUCGGGCGAAGUACCACAAGUUCUACCACCCAAAGGAAUGUCAUAUCUCAAACGGUAUUCUAAACCGAGCAAUUACCAAAUUCAUUAUGAAAAUGCCAAACUACACAAGUGAAUCAGAUGAUUUUCUUGAAGAUCCCCCAGCACCAAACUUCAUUUACCCAUAUGGUGCAACGCUUACAGUUAAAAAGCCAGCUGUAGCGAUUCUAUCCAGCAGUGAUGUAUGCUAUCCUGUCAAAAGACCGGUUGCAGCUUUAUACACUUCGGAGAAGACAGGAGGUAAGCUCUUCGUGAUGGGUUCAGGUCAUUUCUUUACGGAUCAGUAUUUGGACUGUGAAUGUAACGAUCUCAUACGUGAGUUAAUGUUCAACUAUCUCGGAGGAGUGACUGACUUGCAUCUCAACCCAGUCGAUGUGGAUGAUCCUGAUGUAAACGAAUACCGUACCUUGGGUGAUGUACUAUGGCUUAGUACUUUGCUUCUGCCGGAGCCAGCGAGUUCCCCACCACCAAGGUUAACGCCGCUUCAUCCUCACGCCCUCUUCACAUGGAGACUAUUUUCUCUCAAUCUCUCGCAUUUACCCGAAGUAUUAGGACUAUAUGAGGAGUUAGGAGUAAAACAUGAACCACUUCGGCUGAUCGCACCGCAGUUUGAAACGCCAUUUCCACCUUUACAAUUAGCUGUUUUCGCUCCAACGUUUCGAGAGCCACCUCCACCACCAUUGGAGCUGUUUGACCUCGACGAAGCCUUUUCUUCAGAAAAAUCGCAACUUGCAAGACUUGCAAACAAGUGUCUGCAGCCAAAUAGCAAUAGGAUGGCACAAGGUGAUGGACAACUAGAAAAUGAACUAGAGUACUUCAUACGAGAAUGUGGACGCGCUGUGCGAUUGACGAAAUCCCAGAACCAAGCCGCAAAACAAGUGCUGCACCAACUUGGUUUACAACUAGCAACGUUUAAGAAAAUUGCGCCUAAAGAUUAA